AAAGUGGCGUCUGUCAAUACGCGGCUUUCAUCCUUAUUGAUCAAUGUAUAGCGCUCUUACAAAUCUCCUCUAUUAUUUUGUCAUUUCAGUAUGUAAAAGUGAUUAAUCAUCUUGACUCAUUCAAUCUGAUCAGGCACAAUGGAUUUCGAAGGAGGAGAGUACAGCUAGAAAUGCCUCAUUGUAUCCAGACCAGUCCAGAUUCAGCCAAACAACUUGGAUGGUCAAGGUCAAGACAACUCAGGGUAAAUGACACAUUCUCAACAUCAAGGACCAGACAUGGGCAUCUGUAAUUGGCCAAUUCAUGGACCAGAUGAAGUAUUAAAGAAAAGUACCAGAUUCAGUAUAACAUGGAUAAUCAGGUUGUAUAUUUAGACCACAAUUAUUCAAAACAUCGAUUUGAAAUUAUAGUGCUCAAGCCAGAGGUUCUGAUUGAAGAAGAAGAACACCAACAACAUGGAGGAACAGUGAAAGAAGAGGAGAUUCAGCAAGAAAAUGAUACAGGCCUACACAUUGAAAGCAUCUAUUCUCUUUCAACAGAUAGACUGAACUGUUACCCCUUUAUACCUGAACACAUGAAAGUUGAAAAUGUAGAAGAAUCUUAUGGAACACACUCAGAAACAUUAGUGGAUAUUGAAGACAAUUAUUCUGAUACAUUAUUUACACAUUCUGAAAGUAUAAGCUUACCACCAGGAGUAUGUAUAUCAAACUCUGUCGGACAAGGAGGUUUAAGCUCAAUCAAUAGAUCAGUUGAUGAAACUCUUGGGAACACUUUGAUCAACGAUUCUGAUGAAGACCUCAAUGAGGUGGACUUAUUAAUUAAAAAUGCAAGAAAGAAUGUAAUUGAUGCAGCAAGUGAUAGUGAAUUAACUGAAUGUCAGUUGUGUGGUGAGGCAUUCAGCAACAUCAGAGAAUUAAAUCUUCAUUGUAGUAUACACACAGCUGGGAAACAACAUAAGUGCAAGUACUGUAACUACAAAACAAAAAAUAAAGCAGAUCUCAUCAAACAUAUAAGAACUCACACUGCAGAGAGACCCUUCAGCUGUGAUUUCUGUGACUAUAAAGCAACAGUAAAAUCAACUCUUACACAACAUUUAAGGAUUCACACUGGUGAAAGACCCUACAGCUGUGAUUUCUGUAACUACAAAGCAAUAAGGAAAUCAGCUCUCACCAAGCAUAUAAAGACUCACACUGGAGAGAGACCCUACAGCUGUGAUUUCUGUGACUACAAAGCAACAGAGAAAUCAGCUCUCACCCAACAUUUGAUGAUUCACACUGGAGAGAGACCCUUCAGCUGUGAUUUCUGUGACUACAAAGCAACAGAAAAAUCAUCUCUCACCAACCAUAUAAAGACUCACACUGGAGAGAGACCCUUCAGCUGUAAUUUUUGUGACUACAAAGCAACAGUGAAAUCAUCUCUCACACAACAUUUAAGGAUUCACACUGGUGAAAGACCCUACAGCUGUGAUUUCUGUGACUAUAAAGCAACAGUGAAAUCAGCUCUCACCCAACAUUUAAGGAUUCACACUGGAGAGAGACCCUUCAACUGUGAUUUCUGUGACUACAAAGCAACAGAGAAAUCAUCUCUCACCAAACAUAUAAGGAUUCACACUGGAGAGAGACCCUACAGCUGUGAUUUCUGUGACUAUAAAUCAAAAGUGAAAUCAGCUCUCACCCAACAUUUGAUGAUUCACACUGGAGAGAGACCCUUCAGCUGUGAUUUCUGUGACUUCAAAUCAAUACAGAAAUCAUCUCUCAACAGACAUCUGAGGACGCACACUCAAGAAAGACCCUAGAGCUGUGAUUUCCAUGACUACAAAACAAAUCUAAAAAAAUUUAAUGAAACACACUUGCUAAAAACUUUGAAAUUGAAUUUUUCCAUACAAAACUCCAUACAAUCAAAAACAACAUUCAAAUACUAAAAAUAUUUAACUGAUUUCUUUGUCCCAUAACUCUUACAACAGCUCAACUCUCAAAACUCUGAACCAUUCAUUAACAUAGAAAAUAUAUAAAUAAUUAUAUCAAUUAUUAUUUACAUAGUCUGUCAAUCAGAAAUCAAUCUCAGACAUAAUACUUCAAGACAAUUUUAAAAUUUCAAUGUCUUGCCCUUCUUAUCAUCUGCAUGAUUCAUCAAUUCCCUAUCUGAAUAUUUUUUUAAUUUAGCUGACUCACUGUACAUACUACUAUAUAAAUGGUCUCAGAUUUGUUUCCCUAGUCAGUACAAUUUGUAUUCAUAUUCUUGGAAUACAUAUGCAAUAAAGUAUCAUAGUUCUCAAAUAAAA